AUGAGCGACGAAGAGGAUAUCCAGGUUGAAAUGCCUGAAUUGGCCGAGGACGACCCUAUGCGCGCCUUUCUUCCAGCAUCUUUCGGUAAAAAAUCGAGGGAGACAGAUAUCGCCGCCCAGCUCGAUCGCAGCAAGAGAACGUCUGACAAACCAGCACACACGGAAGCCCAAACUGCACAGAAAACAUCCACUUCAGGCUCGGAUAGCGCAAGCAACAGCGACGAUGAUUCCGAUGAUUCUGACGACGAUGAAGACGAGUACCCGACGUCACAUGAAAUGGUCAUCAAGACCCAUGAUCGCGCGGUCACUACGGUCUCGCUAGACCCGGCCGGCGGCAGACUGGCUUCCGGAUCUAUUGACUGCACAAUCAAACUGCACGACUUCUCCGCCAUGACUCCUACAACGAUACGCGCAUUUCGAUCAAUAGACCCCUACCAGUCAAAGCCAUCAUCCGCAGGUUCCGAGGCGCAUCCUUUGCACCAUGUCGAGUUCAAUCCUUUGGCGGGAGGAGUGGUUCUCUGUAUUUCAGCACAUCCACAGGCCAAGAUCAUGUCACGAGACGGUGACAUUGUGACUGAGUUUGUCAAGGGAGACAUGUAUCUUCGAGACAUGCACAACACUAAGGGUCAUGUUUCCGAGAUUACGACUGGAACUUGGCAUCCCACCGAUAAAAAUAUUUGCGUCACUGCAGGAACUGACAGUACACUACGUAUAUGGGAUAUCAACAAUAAGCGCAGCCAGAAAGAGGUUCUCGUGUACAAGUCCAAGACUGCAGGCAAUGCAGGGAGGACCCGGAUGACCGCUGUCGCCUGGGGCACACCCGUACAGGGAGGCAAUAAUGUCCUCCUCUCAGCAGCUCUCGAUGGAAGUUUGGUCAUGUGGAGCGGCAAUGGCCCGUUUACACGGCCCGCAGCAGAGAUCAGGGAUGCCCACAAGCCGAAUACCUGGACCGGUGGGAUUGAUAUCAGCUCAGACGGCCGAAUGGUGGUGACUCGCGGUGGUGACAACACGAUCAAGCUGUGGGAUACCCGCAAGUUCAAGGAACCGCUUGUCUCUGUCGAGCACCCGUCGACGUCGGAUCAUUACCCAAUGACAAACAUCAAGUACUCUCCAAACUCCACAAGUAUACUCACCGGGUCUGCUACUGGCCACCUGCACAUACUCAAUCCUGGAAAUCUGCAAGCAGAGUACACAACACCGAUCACGCCUGGCUCACAACUGAUAACGGUGGACUGGCAUCCAAAGAUCAACCAAAUCGUCACCGGAUCGGCCAACGGGGAAACACAUGUUCUCUAUAAUCCGGCCAUGUCGGUUCGUGGCGCGAUUGAUGUUAUGUCUCGAGCACCGAAGAGAAGGCAUAUUGACGACAACCCUGAGUUUACCAUGGACCAGACUCUUGGCUUGUCUGGAGACUCUAUUGUGACACCAGGUGCCAUGCCUGGUUCGAGGAAAGCUGGUGUUACUGCGACUGGUAGGUCCAAGGACCCUCGCCGACCACAGGUACAGCAGAUCACGCCCUUUAUGCGCAGCCAACCCGACGAGAAGCACAUUAGCGAGAACAUUCCAUUGAGCAGAAUGUUACAUGAGGAUCCCCGUGAAGCUCUCCUGAAAUACGAAAAGCUUGCCAGAGAAGAUCCCAUGUUCACCAAGGCCUACGGCUCUACACAGCCCGUCACUCAGUAUGCCGACUUGAGUGACGAAGAGGAGGACGGCCCAGACAAGAAAAAGGUGAAACGAUGA